AUGGGGCUCGUCUUCUUCGCACCUGGUGAGCUCGGAGGUUUCAACCAGUCCUGGUUUUACGGCCAAGCAGCGCAAUACACCGCCGCACUGCUCAGUAUGCCCUACGACUCAGAUGAAUCCGGCUCCGAGCCAGACCUAAGCAUCCUGGCUCUAGCCCGGGGCCGCCACCCCAUGACAGACCAAAUACGCCCCAUGAACAACAACAUGGCGUACGAUGACGAAGUCCUGUCGCGGGAGCAAUAUGAAGCCGAAGACACCAGCCUCGAAGAACAGGCAAACGAGGAAUCAGAGUCGGAGGGGUCGGCGUCAGAAGAGCCAGAAGAAGCCGUCAACCUGGUCGACCCUGCAACCCUUGGACUAAAGGAGAUUUCCAACCUCGGCCGGUUCACCGUGAGCAGCCACAAGCCAGGGAACGGGGUGGAAGAGCUGCGAAGCGAUGAUCUCAAAUUAUACUGGCAGUCGGACGGGCCGCAGCCGCACAAGCUGACAGUCUACUUUGUCAAGCGCGUCGGCAUCCGCGACAUCCGCUUCUUCGUCGACUACAGCGAGGACGAGUCCUACACACCCACCAAGAUCGUCUUCAAGUCUGGCACGAGCGAGAACAACCUCAUCGAGUUUGCCACCAUGGCCAUGGAGAGCCCCGUCGGAUGGCAGCAGGUGCCUGUUGCCGGGGCCGGCGGCGACCCGGACGGCAACACCCUCGUCUCGUACGUCCUGCAGAUGCAGAUCCUGGAGAACCACCAGAACGGCAAGGACACGCACCUGCGGGGCAUCAAGAUAUACGCCUUUGAUCCAGAUGCCGCCCAGGGAGCGGGCAGGGACACGGCCGCCGCCGAGGACGAGGGUGCGGCGGGCACGUUCGAUACGGUCGAUAGGCUGGACGAUAUUGUGAGAGAUUUGGCGGCGGCGAGGCUGGAAGGCGGCGAGGCUGGGUUCUCGAUUCCGGAUUUUAUGAGAGAGCCCGAGAUUCGAUAG